UUUCAAAAUACAUCGGAAGUAUAAGAGUUUGUUUAGGAACUAAAUCCAGAGAGAAAUAUGAAGGGAGCUGCAGCAGCUAUUGAGCUUGGUGAGUCCAAAAUCGGUUCAACACCAAGAAGCGGGGUGAACAGAGGGGCAGCCAUCCUCGACUUCAUUCUAAGGAUAAUAGCGUUUCUUGGUACCUUAGUGAGUGCUAUAGCUAUGGGAACAACCAGGGAAAGACUUCCUUUUUUCACACAGUUCCUUCAGUUUAGGGCUGAGUAUAAUGAUCUUCCAACAUUUACGUUCUUUGUGGUUGCCAAUUCCAUCGUAUGUGCCUAUCUGAUGUUUUCUCUAGCUCUUUCUAUCUUCCACAUCAUAAGAAGUAAUGCAAAGAACAGUAGAAUAAUCUUGAUCUUCUUCGACACGGGAAUGCUGGCUCUUCUGACAGCAGGUGCCUCGGCCGCCACAGCUAUUGUGUACUUAGCACACAAGGGGAAUGCCAAGGCAAACUGGUUCCCAAUCUGUCAACAAUUCAAUUCCUUCUGCGAACGAAUCUCUGGCUCUUUGAUUGGAUCUUUCGUGGCAAUUGUUAUUUUCGUUCUCUUGAUCUUAAUGUCAGCUGCCGCCCUUUCUCGGCGUUGAGUAUCGUAUAUUUCAAUGAUGCACACACGUGUGUGUACUAGUGUGCAUCAGUUUGUUAAUUAGUGUGUAUUUCCAAGUGACAGUUUGAAUUGGUGUGACUUGUGUGCCAUUUAAAAUGUUUGUUUCUCAAUUUCAUAUGAAAUGUUUAGAUUGCAUUAAUGUAAUCCAAUUCCUUAUUUCCUUGA